AUGAAUACAUCAAUUGUUAAUAACAGGAAGAGAAUAUCGACAUCACGGCAUAGUCAUCAAUUUUCUUUCUUAGCUAUUAAAUGGAAAUUAUUUAAACCAACAAACGAUCAAAGAGUCAACAAUAGAAAACCGCAGGCUUGCAAACAACGAUCGGUUGAGCUCUCUACAAGACGUUCAGAGAGUUUUACUACACCAUCUGGUGAAGCGACCAUUCAAGAAAUUUUCAAUUGA